AUGAAGAGUAAGGAGAAGAAGAAGGACCGUUUAGUUGAGGGGUACAUUGCAUACGGCUUCAAGAGGGCGACUUUGGUGGUGUUGGGCUGCAUAUAUGAUGGGUUCAGAUUCUCUACGCUCUGGUACAGGUUUAAUACUGAACCCGCGGCCUUAUUAUUUCCCUGCUUGCCAACGAUGGCACCCACCGGCAUGGAGAGGAUGCGAAACAGGAAAUCGGCAAAAUCCUUGCCGGCCUCCGCAAAAAAGACCCUUUUGCCCUGCGUGUCCACCAACAGCUUUAGGGUUAACUUGGAGGAGGGCUCCACGCCGCCUUUUGACUUUUCUGCCAUAGUAUACUAUAGAUUUUGA